AUGAGUGAAGAAGAAGAGAAGAACAUUAUUUGUGAUGAUACUUCUGUCUCUAACUAUGACACUAAACCACUAAAAAAAGAACAAGAGUUGUUAUUAAAUGAAAAAGAAAAGAAAGAAACUCAUUCAUAUUCUCAGGCUGCUGGAUUUGCUACUGUUAUUAAUUAUAUCAUUGGAACCGGUGUAUUUGGUAUUCCUUUUGCUUAUUUUACUGGUGGACUGCCAUUGUCAGCUAUUAUUUUAAUUGGUUUCUUUAUUAUUAAUGUGACAACUAUGAAUUAUUUAAUAGACUCUAUGGCUCGUUCAGAAGGAAGAAAAGAAAUUAAGGAAAAUGGAGGAGAGAAUGAGUUUAAUACAGUCCCAGUGAAUGAAUUAAAGUUUCGUUUAUUUGAUUAUACUACACUAGGAGAAAUGUGGGGUGGACAAUUUUUACGUUGGUUUAAUUUUGCUUGUUUAGUACUAUACCUUUAUGGGUCAUUAUGGGCGUAUGCUGCAACAUCAGUUAGUACUUUAACAACCUUAUUUUGGAUGAUUUAUGGAGAUACUGAGCGUUGUAUCGAAAGAAAAGGACAUUGGGAAUGUCAACUUGCAUAUUAUAUAUCAUUGGCAAUAUAUUCUAUUAUAGUUAUAUCACUAAGUUUCAUUGAUUUGAGUAAACAAGGAAAAUUACAAAUGGCAUUAACUUUUUAUAGAUUUUUUGCUUUUAGUGUAAUGUUAAUAACUUGUAUUGUACAAUUGAUUGUAAGUGGACCAAUAGAUUCUGAUAUAUCAUUUUUGUAUACUUUUAAAUGGGUUGGAUUUGGUACUGCAUUCACUCAUACUGCAUUUGCUCUAACUUGCCAUCAAAAUUUACCAGACGCUGUUACUCCAGUAAAUAAGAAGAAGUAUUUGUUUUACACUACAGCGGGUGCUAUGUUGUUGAGUGCAGCAUUUUAUUUUUUAAUUGGUUUUAUUUGUUCUUGGACAUUUGGAAGUGAUGUUUUGUCACCAAUUACUAAUGCAUGGUCAAAAUAUACUGGUUUAUCAGGAGGAUGGGGAAAAGGAGAAACACAGUGGUAUGCUUAUCCAAUUCAAUAUAUUGUUUUAUUAUUCCCUGUAGUUAAUUUAUGUAACUCAUAUCCAUUACUUGGAACAACAUUAUCUACAAAUAUUCAAACAUGUUUUACUUAUAGUUUCCGUGAAAAACAUAACAAAAUUACACAAUAUGCUAGUCUUGCAAUUGCCUAUCUUCCACCUUUAUUAUUGACAUGUGCAAUAGGAUCUUUGCAAGUUAUAUUUGAUGUUACUGGAUUAUUAGCAAUAUUCUUAGCUUUUACUAUUCCUGCAACAUUAGAAAUAUUAUCCAUUUAUAAAAAUAAGAAAGAUUUUGGUAAAGAUUCUAUAAAAACCCCAUAUACAUUUAAGGUGUUGGCUAAUUAUAUUCUUACUGGAAUAGUUGUUAUUGUCUCUUUCAUCCUCCUUGGAUUGUCAUUGUAUUUCUUAAUUGCCCAAUUAGUCACUCAGGAAGGACAAGAAUCAAGUUCAAACUAA